AUGGACGAGGAUGAAACAUUUUCCCUCACUUCGAGCAUCCGCAAUUACGAAUAUUUCGGCCAUCGAAGAUACCAUGCUUACCAUGCAGGUGAAUAUUUUAUGCCAAACGACGAGGAAGAACAGGAACGCUUGGAUUUGAUGCACCACCUGUUCCUCCUCAGUUAUGAUGGCGAGCUCUAUCGUGCCCCCAUCCCAAAGACUGUUGGGCGCACCCUCGACAUCGGAUGUGGUACCGGAAUAUGGGCGAUAGAUUUUGCUGAUGCGCACCCCACAGCCAAAGUCAUCGGAUCUGAUCUCUCAGCGAUACAACCCGGCUAUAUCCCGGAAAAUCUGCAGUUCGAAGUCGAUGAUGCCGAGGAAGAUUGGCAGUACACCCAACCGUUCGAGUUUAUUCAUGUUCGGGGAAUGGGCGGAGCGAUAGCAAAUUGGCCGCGGUUGUUAAAGCAGGCAUUUGAUAACCUGGCACCGGGAGGCUGGAUAGAGCUCGCUGAAUUCGAUGCAUGGGCUUCGACUGACGACAACAGCCUUCCCGAAUCAUCUGCUUAUAAUCAGUUCCAGACUCUCUUGGGAGAAGCGUCUGAAUUAUUCGGCAAGCCGGUCAAUGUGGCCUCCAAGUUUAAGGAUUUUGUACGAGAAGCUGGCUUCACGAACAUUGGAGAGGACAACCGGAAAAUACCUUUAUCGCCUUGGUCGUCAGACAGGAAGAUGAAACGGCUCGGGAAUUAUAUGCAGAUGGCCAUGUCGGAGUCUCUGGAGCCAUAUGCCCUGGCUCUCUUUACGAAGGUGCUGAACUGGGACAACAUCAUGAUACAGGCCCUGCUUGCCGGGGCAAGAAACGAUCUGAAAAAUAUGGAUUACCAUAUAUACACCACUGUCGCUGGUGGUCUGUCCAUGGAUCAAUUCCGUCAUCUUACCAUAUACGCGAGUCAGAUAGUUAGAACAAAUCGAUCUAACUCUUUGUUAAGAAAAGCACCCACCAGGGUGUGCUCGAGUUGCACGUGGUGGAUCUUGAAGCUGCCCCGCUCGACAACUGCGCCGAAUGUCGCAAUGAAUCCUCCCGAUGAGCUUGUCCCGCAAACAGAAUCUAUCGCAGACGUUUACUCGACCGACCCAGCUGGCGGAGUCAGCAUAUCUUCCGACCAGAAACUCCGCUGGAGCAAUUUCAUUGCCCAAUUCAAGAGCCUCUACGGUGCGUCACCGGACUUCGUCGCGCGGAGCCCUGGCAGAGUCAACAUCAUUGGCGAGCAUAUCGACUACUCCCUCUACGAUGUCUUACCAACCGCCGUCAGUGUCGAUGUCUUGAUUGGUGUCAAGAUUCACCCGGCAGAGACAACGCAGGAAUCUUGGGCGAAAGUGGCCAACACCAACGAUACCAAGUUCCCUCCGGGUCAAUUCUCUAUCCCUAGGGAUAGAGAUCUGGAAAUAGACAGCGCCAAACAUGAGUGGAUAAACUAUUUCAAAGCUGGGCUGCGGGUGGCAUUGAAACUCUUAAGAGAGAAGAAUCAAGAUGGGGACUUUGCUCCCGUUAGUUUUGAGGUGAUGGUGGAUGGCAAUGUACCCCCUGGCGGAGGAAUAUCUAGCAGCGCGGCAUUCGUCUGUUCAAGUGCACUGGCCGGAGUAAAGGCAAAUGGUUACGAUAUCUCGAAGCAGGAGCUGCAGGAUAUAGCUAUUGUUUCAGAGCGUGCCGUUGGAGUAUAUUCUGGAGGAAUGGACCAAGCGGCAUCCAUAUUUUCCCGCCGCGGCUAUCUCCUCUACGUCCGCUUCUUCCCCUCCUUCCAUAUCCAACACGUCCCCAUCCCCAAAGCGGAGCCAGAAAUAACAUUCCUCAUGGCUCAGAGCUUUGUCACAUCCAACAAAGCCGAAACAGCACCUCGACACUACAACUUGCGUGUCGCAGAAUGUACUCUAGCCACGGUCGUUCUUGCCAGGAUGCACAACCUCGCCCUCCCUAAAGAUUCCAGCUCACUAGGCUACAGCCUGCGUAGCUUCCACGAGGAACUCAUGCGCAAGGAAGGCCGUCUUCAAGACCCGCUGGAAUACCAACUCGACUCCGUCAUCAUGGCAGUCACAGAUUUGCUGACCAAGGAAGAAGGCUAUACGCGCGAGGAUGUCGCUGCUUUGUUAGGCAUAUCUGUUCCCGACCUCGAGAAGCAAUUCCUCUCUAUGUUCCCCGUGCAAGCGGAACGCUUUCUCCUGCGUCAACGUGCGCUACACUGCUUUAAAGAAGCAAGACGUGUCCUGGACUUCAAAUCAUGCCUCACUCGCUCUCAGCACCAGGGCCAUCUGGAUGAGCAUAAUGUGAAGUACCUAGGCCAGUUGCUGAACGAGUCAAUGGCAUCUUGCCGAUACCUGUACGAUUGCACUUGCCCCGAGGUGGAUGAUAUUUGUGAAAUUGCGCUUCGGGCUGGUGCUCUAGGAAGCCGGGUGACAGGCGCCGGUUGGGGUGGAUGUACAGUGCAUAUGGUCCCGCAGGAUAAGGUUGCCGACGUGACGGAGGCAUUAAAGAAGGAGUACUAUUAUAAGAAGUUUCCGGAUAUCACUCCGGAGAAGUUGGAAGUGGCUAUGGUUAUUAGCAAACCUUCCAACGGCACUUUUUUGAUUUCUGGGGCCGCAAUCUCGGAGAGUGUAUAG